AUGGACGACUCACCUGCUGCGGACAAGAGACUGGACUACAUAGCGGACUGCGUGUUGAGCACUCUGAAACUCAAACAGGAGCGAUGGCAGAAAUGUAUCUCCGUCGAGGAGAACAAGCAGCUCAUUCAGGACUUCUUGGAGAAACCCGACCACAGGACCUUGGUGGUGUCGCUGAACGCGGCCGGGCUGCUGCAGCCCGCCGCCAGCGUCACAGCAAACUCCAAAAACAAAGCUGUGUACUUUAUCAAGCAAAGCAGAGCUGCGCUCACUCCUGAUUCAAUGAAAAGCAAUUUGGUCCACGGGGAUUUGUCUUAUGCUCCACUUGAUCAGUUUUCUGCUCUAGUUGAGGAGUUAGUGGUGCCACUGCUGUCCAGCGGCAGGAAUCACACUGAAUGGCCACAGGUAAUGUCUCAGGACAUGAGGCGCCAUGUCCACUCCCUCAAGACUAAUGUGUUUGUGAUGUCGGGCAAAGUCAAAGGCAAGACCCUGCUGCCCCUUCCUGCAGGUUCAGAGAGAGUGGAGCAAGCUGCACUGGGGAGAGACAAAAGGGGGGAUAUUGUGGAUAAGAGUGUCAUCCACUCCAUAGAGUCAGUGGUGAUUGAGUGGAGCCAUCAGAUCCGUGCAGUCUUGAAGAAAGACUCCUCGGAGGCUCUGCUGGAAGGCAACAAUCCAACACCGCACACUGAGCUGCUCUUCUGGAGGAACAGAUAUGCAGACUUGGAGUGCAUCCACUCGCAGCUGAGGACCUCCAAAGUGGCAAAGAUGGCAGUGUUGUUAGAGGCCGUGGAGAGCAGCUACUACCCCGCCUUUAGAGACAUGCUACAGGACGUCCUUGCAGCUUUGGAAGAGGCAAAGGACAUCUGUACCUACUUGAGGCCCCUACAGCGUCUGUUUGAGGACAUGGAGACUGCAGAGUUUCCAGAGGUCAGGGGUCAGAUUGGCCCUCUGAUGCACACAGUGUGCCUGGUGUGGGCCAACUCCAGAUACUACAACACUCCAGCGCGCCUCAUCGUUCUGCUGCAGGAGACCUGCAAUCUCCUCAUCCAACAGGCCCAGGUUUAUCUAAAUCCAGAGGAGGUUCUGAGGGCCGAGGUUUCAGAGAGUCUUCUGAAGGUGCAGACAAGCCUGGAGAUCCUCCAGCUCUUCAGAAGCACCUAUGAGGAUCGCAGGGCCAACCUGAGCCAGUACCAGAGGAACGGGAGCUUGGUCAGGCCUUGGGACUUCUCCCCACUCAUGGUCUUCUCUGGACUGGACCGCUUUAUUAACAGAGUCAAGACCAUUGAGGACAUCCUGUUGACAGCUGUGGACCUGCUGAAGCUUGAGAAAAUGGAGUUUGGAGGUGUUAGAGGCCGAUGCCUCAGCCAGCAGGUCCAGUUCCUCCAUCAGGAAUUCCUGGACACUUACAAAGUCUGCACAGAAAAACCCUAUGACUGCUUGGAUGUCAACAAUAAGGAGUUUGAAGAAGAUGUGAGGCAGUUCAAACUGAAGGUGGAUGACACAGACCGCCGACUAGGAGCCGUCUUCUGUCAGGCCUUUGAGGACGCCUCAGGACUGGAACAUGCCUUCAAGGUUCUGGAUAUGUUUGGCAGCCUGUUGGAGCGCCCCUUAGUGGCUGCGGAUGCUCAGGACAGAUACCCCCUCCUUGUCUCCAUGUUCGAUGAGGAGCUACACUGCUGUAAACUCCUCUUCAACAAACACAUCCAAAGUGCAGAGGAGCUCGGUUACACUCCAGUAAAUAAGAAUAUGCCAGCAGUAGCCGGGGGACUGAGAUGGGCUCAGGAGCUGCAGGAGCGCCUCCAGGCACCCUUCUCCAAAUUCAGACACAUCUCCUACCCGUGUCUGCAGUCUGCAGAGGGAGCCGCUGCUGUCCAGAAGUAUGAGGAGCUGAUGCAACAGUUGGACAGAUACGCCACCAGCCUGUACGAGGCAUGGACGGAGACCGUGGGCGAGAGGUCCCAGUACAACCUCAGCCUGCCAUUAAUCAGAAGAGACCCUACGACACGUCUGAUCUCAGUCAACUUCAACCCUCAGCUGGUGUCUGUGCUGAGGGAGGUGAGGUACCUGGAGGCCAGGCAGACCGAGGCGGUGCCUGACACUGCAGCGCAGAUCUACACCACCAGGGGGCAGCUGUGGCAGUAUGUGGCCAACCUGGAGCUCACUACGGGACGAUACAACAAGGUGAUGUGCUCUGUGUUGGAUGUGGAGUAUCCCCUGGUUCGCCGCCAGCUGAAGGCCAUUGACACUCAGCUCAAAGAGGCAGAGGAGAGCCUAACCUGGAACAGUCAAGGUAUUUGGCAGUACAUCCAAGAGUUGCGCGACUCUGUUUGCGACCUGGAGAGCUGCCUCCAGAGGACCAAGGAUAACUUGGAGGAGGUCCAGAGGUGCAUGAAGACCUGGGCCAGCCCGAUCUUCGACAGGAAGGAGGGCAAAAAAGACACGCUGCUCAGUCUGGACGACAGGGCUGAGAGGCUGGACCGGUUUUACAGUCUGAUACGAUCCUCCGGAGAAAAGAUACAUUUCCUUCUUAAGAGCAACCUGGAGCUGCUGAGAGCCGAGCCGAGCUCUGAGGAGUGGAGGGCCUACGUCGAGUAUGUCGACGACAUGGUCAUAGACGGCUUCUUCAACAGCAUCAAGUGCUCGCUCAAGUUCUUCCUGGAUAACACAGACCAAAGAGCAGGUGUGGCCCCGCUGUUUGAGGUCCAGCUGGAUCUGAGGGUUCCUGACAUGGUGUUCAUUCCCUCUCUGGAGUUCGGGGCAGCAGACGGCUUCUGUGACCUGGUGGAAAGCCUCAUCAACGACGUUUACAGGAUCUCCUCUCUAAUGCCGCGCCUCGCACAGCACUGCCCCUUUCCUCACUACCAGGCGGACAUGGAAGACAUGGCCGACCUGGCGGACAUGCGUCAGUUGUUGAUGGAUCGGGUCCAGGGCGUCGUGGCAACGUGCUGUGAGUUUAGCAACUCUCUGGAGCGCUACGCCUACCUGUACGUGGACGACAGGAAGGAGUUCAUGCGUCAGUUCCUGCUGUACGGCCACGUUCUGACCAGCCAGGAGGUCGAGGCUCACGCUGAGGACGGCGUCCCAGAAACCCCCCCGACGCUCGACAGCUUUAAGGAGCAGGUGGAUGGGUACGAGCAAAUCUACGAGGAGGUGCAGGGCCUGGAGCCGGUGUGUGUGUUCCAGGGGUGGAUGAGGGUGGACGGCCGUGCCUUUAAGAGUGCCCUGCUCAACAUCAUCAAGAAAUGGAGCUUUAUGUUCAAGCAGCACCUCAUUGACCAUGUCACCAACAGUCUGACAGAUCUGGAGAAGUUCAUCAGUGUGGCCGAGGCUGGGCUGGGGCGACGGGUGGAGGAGGGCGACUACGGCGGCCUGGUGGAGGUUAUGGGUCACCUGCUGGCUGUCAAGGAGAGACAAAACACCACGGAUGCCAUGUUUGAGCCCCUGCAGCAAACCAUUGCUCUGCUUAAGACUUAUGAGCAGGAGCUGCCUGACGUGGUCUACAAACAGCUGGAGGAGCUGCCGGAAAAGUGGACCGAUGUGAAAAAGCAGGCGGUGCUGGUCAAACAGCAGGUGGCGCCACUGCAGUCGAUCGAGGUGGCAAGCCUGCGCAGGAAGUGCGCUUCUUUUGAUGUGGAGCAACACACCUUCAGAGAGCACUUUCGUAAACAGGGACCCUUCAGAUUUUUAUUUCAGAACCCCUACCAGAUGUUGGAUGCAUCCCACCGGCAGAUCCAGGAGCGGGAGGCGGUGAUGGCCUCUCUGAUGGAGUCUGCCAGCCUGUUCGAGGUCACCGUCUCAGACUACAGACAGCUCCGCCAGUGCAGGCGCGAGGUGGGCCUGCUGAAGGAGCUGUGGGACAUGAUCACAGUGGUGGAGUCCAGCAUGGCCGCCUGGAGGACGACUCCCUGGAGAGAUAUCCAUGUGGAGGAAAUGGAGUUGGAGUGUAAACGGUUCUCUAAAGAUAUACGAGCGCUGGAUAAAGAGGUGAGAGCGUGGGAGGCCUUCACAGGUUUGGACAGCAAGGUGAAGAACCUCCUCACCUCCCUCCGGGCCGUGGCUGAACUCCAAAACCCGGCAAUACGAGCCCGCCACUGGCACCAGCUGAUGGCUGCCACCGGAGUCCGCUUCACUAUGGAUCAGGAGACCACUCUGGCUGACCUGCUGCAGCUGAACCUGCACUGCUUUGAAGAGGAGGUGAGAGGCAUCGUGGACAAGGCUGUGAAAGAGAUGGGCAUGGAGAGAGUCCUUUCUGAGCUCAACUCCACUUGGACGGGUAUGCAGUUCCAGUAUGAGCCCCACCACCGGACCCAGGUGCCUUUGCUGCGCUCGGAUGAGGACCUGAUUGAGACCCUGGAGGACAACCAGGUGCAGCUGCAGAACCUCAUGUCGUCCAAGUACAUCGCCCACUUCCUGGAGGAGGUGUCGUCAUGGCAGCGCAAGCUGUCUGUGGCCGACUCAGUCAUCUCCAUCUGGUUCGAGGUGCAGCGGACCUGGACCCACCUGGAAAGCAUCUUCAUCGGCUCAGAGGACAUCCGCUCACAGCUGCCUGAGGACUCCAAGCGCUUUGAAGGGAUUGAUGCCGAUUUCAAAGAGCUGGCAAAUGCAGCCCAUAAAACACCUAACGUAGUGGAAGCCACCAAUAAACCAGGCCUGGUCGGCAAACUGGAGGACAUUCAGAGCAGGCUGUCUCUAUGUGAAAAGGCUCUGGCUGAGUACCUGGACACCAAGCGUCUGGCCUUCCCCAGGUUUUAUUUCAUUUCCUCAGCUGACCUGCUGGACAUCCUCUCCAAUGGGACCAACCCACACCAGGUCCAGAAGCAUCUGUCUAAGCUGUUUGACAACAUGGCUAAGAUGCAGUUUGAAGCGGAUGGACAGGGGAAUCCCAUUAAGACAGGCCUGGGCAUGUACAGCAAGGAGGAGGAGUACGUUCCCUUUAAUCAGCCCUGUGACUGCACCGGACAGGUGGAGGUCUGGUUGAACCGUCUUCUUGAUACCAUGCGCUCAACGGUUCGCCACGAGAUGACUGAGGCAGUGCUGGCCUACGAGGAAAAACCAAGAGAGCAGUGGCUGUUCGACUAUCCGGCUCAGGUGGCGCUGACCUGCACUCAGAUCUGGUGGACGUCUGAUGUUGGCAUGGCUUUCGCACGCCUGGAGGAGGGCUACGAGAACACAAUGAAGGAGUACUACAGGAAGCAGGUGUCCCAGCUCAACACUCUCAUCUCCAUGCUGAUUGGCCAGCUUUCACCAGGCGACCGCCAGAAGGUCAUGACCAUCUGUACCAUUGAUGUCCACGCCAGAGACGUGGUAGCCAAGAUAAUUGCUCAAAAGGUGGAGAACUCCCAGGCGUUCGUGUGGCUCUCUCAGCUGAGACAUCGCUGGGACGAAAAGGACAGGCACUGUUUUGCAAAUAUCUGCGAUGCCCAGUUUCUCUACUCCUAUGAAUACCUGGGCAACACCCCGCGAUUAGUCAUCACUCCGCUCACCGACAGAUGCUACAUCACCCUGACCCAGUCGCUCCACCUGACCAUGAGCGGCGCUCCUGCAGGGCCCGCAGGCACGGGGAAGACUGAGACCACCAAAGACCUGGGACGAGCCCUCGGCAUCAUGGUCUAUGUAUUUAACUGCUCGGAGCAAAUGGACUACAAGUCCUGCGGGAACAUCUAUAAAGGCCUGGCUCAGACGGGGGCAUGGGGCUGCUUCGAUGAAUUCAACAGGAUCUCAGUGGAGGUGCUGUCUGUAGUGGCUGUACAGGUGAAAAGCAUCCAGGACGCCAUCCGGGAUAAGAAGCAGAGGUUUAACUUCAUGGGAGAGGAGGUGAAUCUUUGCCCCUCUGUCGGCAUCUUCAUCACCAUGAAUCCAGGCUACGCCGGCAGGACCGAGCUGCCUGAGAACCUCAAGGCCCUCUUCAGACCGUGUGCCAUGGUGGUGCCAGACUUUGAGCUGAUCUGUGAAAUCAUGCUGGUGGCUGAGGGCUUCAUCGACGCUCGGGUCCUCGCCAGGAAGUUCAUCACCCUCUACACCCUCUGUAAAGAGCUUUUGUCCAAACAGGACCACUAUGACUGGGGUCUCCGAGCCAUCAAGUCAGUCCUGGUGGUGGCCGGCUCACUGAAGAGGGGAGACCCUGGCCGAGCAGAGGACCAGGUACUGAUGAGAGCUCUGAGGGACUUCAACAUCCCCAAGAUUGUCACCGAUGAUAUGCCCGUGUUCAUGGGCCUGAUAGGAGACCUGUUUCCCGCCCUGGACGUCCCGAGGAAGAGAGACCUGGACUUCGAGAAGCACGUCAAAGAGUCCGUUCUGGACUUAAAACUACAAGCCGAGGACAACUUUGUACUCAAGGUGGUGCAGCUGGAGGAGUUGUUGGCGGUGCGCCAUUCGGUGUUCGUGGUGGGGAACGCCGGCACCGGGAAGAGUCAGGUGAUGAGGUCACUGCAGAGGACCUAUCAGAACAUGAAGCGUCGGCCCGUGUGGGCGGACCUUAACCCCAAGGCUGUGACCAAUGACGAGCUUUUUGGCAUCAUCAACCCAGCAACUCGAGAGUGGAAAGACGGAUUGUUCUCCAAUAUAAUGCGUGAGCUGGCCAACCUCAGUCACAGCGGGCCUAAGUGGAUCGUUUUGGACGGGGACAUUGACCCGAUGUGGAUUGAGUCACUCAACACUGUUAUGGAUGACAACAAGGUUCUGACCCUCGCCAGUAAUGAACGUAUCCCGCUGAACCCCACCAUGAGGCUGGUUUUUGAGAUCAGUCACCUGCGCACGGCUACUCCCGCCACGGUAUCCAGAGCAGGCAUCCUCUACAUAAACCCAGCAGACCUCGGCUGGAACCCGCCGGUGUCCAGCUGGAUUGACAGGAGGGAGGUCCAAUCAGAGAAGGCCAACCUGACCAUCCUGUUCGACAAGUACCUCCCCUCGUGCCUGGAAACCCUCAGAUCCAGAUUUAAGAAGAUCAUCCCCAUCCCUGAGCAGAGCGUGGUGCAGAUGUUGUGUUAUUUGCUGGAAUGUCUGCUGACUCCAGAAAACACCCCGCCAGACUGCGCCAAGGAACUCUAUGAACUCUACUUUGUCUUCGCCGCUAUCUGGGCCUUUGGGGGAGCCUUGUUCCAGGACCAGCUGGUCGACUACCGAGUGGAGUUCAGUAAGUGGUGGGUGACGGAGUUCAAAACCAUCAAGUUCCCGUCCCAGGGCACCGUGUUUGAUUACUACAUCGACCCCGACACCAAGAAGUUUGAACCCUGGUCCCGAAUGGUCCCCGAGUUCGAGAUGGAUCCAGACACGCCACUGCAGGCAUGUCUAGUCCACACCACAGAGACUAUUCGGGUGCGUUACUUCAUGGACCGGCUCCUGGAGCGCUGUCGGCCCGUCAUGUUGGUGGGGAAUGCCGGGACAGGGAAGUCUGUUCUGGUUGGGGACAAGUUGGGAUCACUGGACCCGGAGAAAUACAUGAUCAAGAACGUCCCGUUUAACUAUUACACCACCUCUGCCAUGCUCCAGGCGGUGUUGGAAAAACCCCUGGAGAAGAAGGCGGGACGCAACUACGGCCCUCCAGGCAGCAGGAGACUGGUCUACUUCAUAGACGACCUGAACAUGCCAGAGGUGGACGCGUACGGGACGGUCCAGCCACACACACUCAUACGCCAACACAUGGACUACAACCACUGGUAUGACCGGAGUAAGCUGCUUUUGAAGGAAGUCCACAAUGUUCAGUACGUGUCCUGCAUGAACCCCACAGCUGGCAGCUUCACCAUCAACCCUCGUCUGCAGCGGCACUUCUCGGUCUUUGCCCUGUCUUUCCCUGGAGCCGAGGCCCUGAGCACCAUCUACACCUCCAUCCUGUCCCAGCACCUGAGAGGAGAGGGCUUCGGCGCCGCCCUGCUGAAGAGUGGCCCCGCCUUGGUCCAGCUAGCCCUGGCCCUGCACCAGCGCAUCUCCACCGCUUUCCUCCCCACUGCAGUCAAGUUCCAUUACAUCUUCAACCUCCGAGAUCUCUCCAACAUAUUCCAGGGCAUUCUCUUCUGUACCAGCGAGUGCCUGCGAAGCCCUCCGGACCUGCUGAAAAUCUACCUGCAUGAGUCCAACCGGGUCUACCGAGACAAGCUGCUGGAGGAGCGAGACUUCCAGGCCUUUGAUAAGCUGCAGGCGGACACGGUGAAAAAGUUCCACGAGGAUGCGGAGGAGACUCUGGAGCAGACCAGGCAGAUGAACCUGUACUGCCACUUUGCUCGUGGGCAGGGGGAGGCCAGGUACAUGGCUGUGGAGUCCUGGAGCAGCCUCAGUAAAACCCUGCUGGAGGUCCUGGACAGCUACAACGAGCUCAACGCCGCCCUGAACCUGGUGCUGUUUGAGGACGCCAUGGCUCACAUCUGCCGUAUAAACAGAAUCCUGGAGUCGCCGAGGGGGAACGCCCUGCUGGUCGGAGUGGGUGGCAGCGGCAAGCAAAGUUUGACCCGACUGGCCGCCUUCAUCUCCAAUCUGGAAGUCUUCCAGAUCACCCUGCGGAAAGGCUACGGCAUCCCGGACCUCAAGAGUGACCUGGCUUCUCUCUACAUCAAAGCUGGCGUGAAGAAUAUUGGCACCGUACUCCUAAUGACUGAUGCCCAAGUGGCAGACGAGAAGUUCCUCGUUCUGGUCAACGAUCUGCUGGCAUCGGGAGAGAUCCCUGACCUGUUCCCAGACGACGAGGUGGACAGUAUCAUUGGCAGUGUGAGGCCAGAGGUGCGUGGCUCGGGACUGAUGGAUACGCGUGAGAACUGCUGGAGGUUCUUCAUCGACCGGGUUCGCCGACAGCUCAAGGUGGCUCUGUGUUUCUCUCCAGUAGGCAGUAAACUGAGGGUUCGCAGCAGGAAGUUCCCUGCAGUGGUCAAUUGCACAGCGAUCGACUGGUUCCACGAGUGGCCACAGGAGGCGCUGGAGUCAGUCAGCCUGCGGUUCCUCCAGGAGGUGGAAAAUAUUGAACCUGAAGUGAAGGAGUCAGUCAGUAAAUUCAUGGCACACGUCCACGUGAGCGUCAAUCACACGUCUAAGGAGUACCUGGCGAACGAGCGCCGGUACAACUACACCACGCCCAAGUCCUUCCUGGAGCAGAUCAAGCUGUAUCGCUGCCUGCUGGGCCAGAAGAGCAAGGACCUCACCACCAAGAUGGAGCGGCUGGAGAACGGCCUGCAGAAACUCAACAGCACCUCCGCUCAGGUGGAUGACCUCAAGGCCAAGCUGGCUGCCCAGGAAGUGGAGCUGAAGCAGAAGAACGAGGAUGCUGACAGGCUGAUCCAGGUGGUCGGAGUUGAAACGGAGAAGGUGUCCAAGGAGAAGGCAAUAGCCGAUGAGGAAGAGCAAAAGGUUGCCGCCAUCGCUGUGGUGGUCAGUGGCAAACAGAGAGACUGCGAGGAGGAUUUAGCCAAGGCUGAACCAGCUCUCAUAGCAGCGCAAGAGGCCCUCAACACUCUCAAUAAGAACAACUUGACAGAGUUGAAGUCGUUCGGUUCUCCGGUGGUGGCGGUGACCAAUGUCACGGCGGCAGUUAUGGUCCUGAUGGCGCCCGGCGGCCGAGUCCCUAAGGAUCGCAGCUGGAAGGCUGCAAAGGUGAUGAUGGCCAAAGUGGACACCUUCCUGGACUCUCUGAUCAAUUUCAACAAGGAGAAAAUCCCAGAGGCUUGUCUGAAAGCUAUUCAGCCUUACCUACAGGACCCAGAUUUUCAGCCAGAUCUUGUGGCCUCCAAGUCGUACGCGGCGGCCGGCCUGUGCUCCUGGGUUUUAAACAUCGUCAAGUUCUACGAGGUCUAUUGUGAAGUUGAACCCAAGCGUCAGGCUCUGAGCAAGGCCAACGCGGAGCUUGCUGCUGCACAGGAGAAACUCACCACCAUCAAGACCAAGAUUAAUCACCUUAAUGAGAACCUGGCCAAGCUCACAGCCAAGUUUGAGAAAGCCACUGCAGAUAAACUGAAGUGCCAACAGGAAGCAGAAUCGACUGCGCGCACCAUUUCCCUGGCCAACCGCCUGGUGGGAGGUCUGGCGUCAGAGAACGUGCGCUGGGCGGAGGCCGUGGAAAACUUCAGGAAACAGAAGAGGACUCUGUGUGGCGACGUGCUCCUCAUCACCGCCUUCGUCUCCUACCUGGGAUACUUCACCAAACGCUACAGGGUCCAGCUCAUGGACGGCUCCUGGAGGCCCUAUCUCAGUCAGCUGAAGGUUCCCAUCCCGGUGACCCCUGACCUGGACCCUCUGACCAUGCUGAUGGACGACGCCGACAUCGCAGCGUGGCAGAACGAGGGACUGCCGGCUGACAGGAUGUCCACCGAGAACGCCACCAUCCUCACUUCCUGCCAACGCUGGCCCCUCAUGGUGGACCCUCAGCUGCAGGGCAUCAAGUGGAUCAAAAACAAAUAUGGAGACGACCUGCGUGUCAUUCGCAUUGGGCAGAGAGGGUACCUGGAUGCCAUAGAGAGAGCGCUGGCGGCUGGUGAGGUGGUCUUGAUAGAGAACCUGGAGGAGACUGUGGAUCCUGUUCUUGGACCCCUGCUGGGCCGAGAAACCAUUAAAAAGGGCAGGUACAUAAAGAUCGGAGACAAGGAAUGUGAGUACAACCCUACUUUCCGCCUCAUCCUGCACACUAAGCUGGCCAGCCCUCAUUACCAGCCGGAGCUGCAGGCCCAGUGCACCUUGGUGAACUUCACGGUGACCAGAGACGGUCUGGAGGACCAGCUGCUGGCUGCCGUGGUCAGCAUGGAGAGACCUGACCUGGAGCAACUGAAGUCCGACCUGACGAAGCAGCAGAACGGUUUUAAGAUCACCCUGAAGACGCUGGAGGACAACCUGCUGUCCCGUUUGUCCUCCGCCUCAGGAGACUUCCUGGGAGACACCGAGCUGGUGGAGAACCUGGAGACGACCAAACGCACCGCCGCCGAGAUAGAGGAGAAGGUAAAAGAAGCCAAGGUGACAGAGGCCAAAAUCAAUGAGGCUCGGGAGCACUACCGACCAGCCGCUGCACGGGCUUCCUUAUUGUACUUCAUAAUGAACGACCUCAAUAAAAUCCACCCCAUGUAUCAGUUCUCUCUCAAGGCGUUCAGUGUGGUCUUCCAGAAAGCGGUUCUGAAGGCCGAGCCAGACGAGGCUCUGAAGCAGCGGGUGUCCAACCUAAUUGACAGCAUCACCUCCUCCGUCUUCCAGUACACCACCAGAGGCCUGUUCGAGUGUGACAAGCUCACGUACAUCGCUCAGCUCGUCUUCCAGAUCUUGUUGAUGAAUAAAGAGAUAAACCCUGCAGAGUUGGACUUCCUUUUGAGGUACCCCGUCCAACCAGGUGUGACAUCACCAGUGGAUUUCCUGUCCAACCACUCCUGGGGUGGGAUCAAGUCCCUGUGUUCCAUGGAAGAGUUCAGGAACCUGGACAGAGACAUCGAAGGUUCGGCCAAGCGUUGGAAGAAGUUCGUGGAGUCCGAGUGUCCAGAGAAGGAAAAAUUCCCACAGGAGUGGAAGAACAAAACAUCGCUCCAGAGACUGUGCAUGAUGAGGGCCAUGAGGCCUGACCGCAUGACAUACGCUGUCAGAGACUUUGUGGAGGAGAAGCUGGGAAGCAAGUACGUGGCUGGCAGAUCACUGGACUUUGCAGUCUCCUUUGAAGAGUCGGGCCCGGCUACGCCCAUGUUCUUCAUCCUCUCUCCUGGUGUUGACCCUUUGAAGGAUGUGGAGAAACACGGGAGGAAGCUCGGCUACACGUUUGACAACAAGAACUUCCACAAUGUUUCUCUGGGUCAGGGUCAGGAGGUUGUAGCUGAACAAGCUCUUGAUUUGGCGGCUAAGGAGGGCCACUGGGUGAUACUGCAGAACAUCCAUUUGGUGGCUCGCUGGCUGGGCACCCUAGAGAAACGUCUGGAGCAGCACGGGGAGGGAAGCCACGAGAAUUUCAGGGUUUUCAUCAGCGCUGAACCCUCCUCAACCCCGGAGGGACACAUCAUCCCGCAGGGCAUCCUGGAGAACUCCAUCAAAAUCACCAACGAGCCACCCACCGGCAUGCAUGCCAACCUGCACAAAGCCCUGGACAACUUCAACCAGGACACUCUGGAGAUGUGUGCACGCGAGAACGAGUUUAAGAGUAUAUUGUUUGCCCUGUGCUACUUCCACGCGGUGGUGGCGGAGAGGAGGAAGUUUGGUCCCCAGGGCUGGAACAGAUCGUACCCCUUUAACACCGGAGACCUGACCAUCUCCAUCAACGUGCUCUUCAACUACCUAGAGGCCAAUCCUAAGGUGCCGUAUGAUGACCUGCGCUACCUGUUUGGUGAGAUCAUGUACGGCGGUCAUAUCACAGACGACUGGGACCGCCGUCUGUGUCGCACCUACCUGGAGGAGUUUAUCAAGCCAGAGAUGAUGGAGGGUGAGGUCUACCUAGCGCCUGGCUUCCCCCUGCCUGGAAACAUGGACUACAACAGCUACCAUCAGUACAUCGAUGAAACCCUUCCUGCCGAGUCACCCUACCUGUACGGCCUUCAUCCAAAUGCUGAGAUCGGCUUCCUCACUCAAACUUCCGAGAAGCUUUUCCGCACCGUGCUGGAGCUGCAGCCCAGAGACGGGGGAGCUGGGGAGGGCGGUGGGAUGACCCGCGAGGAAAAGGUGCGUGCGGUGCUGGAGGAGAUCAUGGAGAAGCUCCCGGAGGAGUUCAACAUGGCCGAGCUGCUGGGGAAGGCGGAGGAGAGGACUCCCUACCAGGUGGUGGCGCUGCAGGAGUGUGAGCGCAUGAACCUCCUCACGCAGGAGAUGAGACGCUCCCUCCGCGAGCUCAGCCUCGGACUCAAGGGAGAGUUAACCAUGACCGGCGACAUGGAAAACCUUCAGAACUCUAUUUUCCUGGACCUGGUGCCGGACAGUUGGACCAAGCGGGCGUACCCCUCCAUGUCAGGCCUGGCUCUGUGGUUCACCGACCUGCUGGCCAGGAUCAAGGAGCUGGAGACCUGGGCAACGGACUUUGUCUUGCCAUCGGCGGUGUGGCUGGCGGGCUUUUUCAACCCCCAGUCCUUCCUCACGGCGAUCAUGCAGGCCAUGGCUCGAAGGAACGAGUGGCCCCUGGACAGAAUGUGUCUGCAGUGUGACGUCACCAAGAAGAACCGCGAGGAUUUCACUUCUCCGCCUCGUGAGGGGGCCUACGUCCACGGGCUGUUCAUGGAGGGUGCACGCUGGGACACACAGACUGGCAUGAUCGUGGAUGCCCGCCUGAAGGAGCUCACCCCAACCGUGCCCGUCAUCUUCAUCAGGGCCAUCCCGGUGGACAAGCAGGAGAUGAAGAAUGUCUAUCAGUGUCCUGUUUACAAGACGCGCCAGAGGGGGCCCACCUACGUCUGGACCUUCAACCUCAAGACCAAAGAAAAGCCCUCAAAGUGGACUUUAGCUGGGGUGGCCUUGCUUCUGCAGAUCUAG